AUGGCGAGCUCAAGUCCCCAGAACGUCAUCCGAAGAAAACUAGUCAUCAUCGGUGACGGUGCUUGCGGGAAGACGAGUCUACUCAGCGUCUUCACCCUAGGAUACUUCCCAACGCACUACAUCCCUACAGUAUUCGAGAACUAUGUGACAGAUUGCAGGGUAGACGGCAAGUCCGUCCAGCUCGCGCUCUGGGAUACCGCAGGCCAGGAAGACUACGAAAGGCUACGGCCCUUGGCCUAUUCCAAAGCUCACGUAAUCCUCAUCGGCUUCUCCGUCGACACGCCAGACUCGCUUGAUAACGUCAAGCACAAGUGGAUAGAAGAAGCGAACCGCCUCUGCCCCAACGUUCCCAUCAUCUUGGUUGGCCUUAAGAAGGACCUCCGCGAAGACCCGGUCGCCAUCGAGGAGAUGCGCAAGAAAUCCCUCCGCUUCGUCACCGCCCAAGACGGCGACGCCGUCGCCAAGCAAAUCGGCGCCCGGAAAUACCUCGAGUGCUCCAGUCUCAGCGGCGAGGGUGUCGACGACGUCUUCGAGGCCGCUACUCGCGCCGCCCUCCUUACUUUCGAGAAAGGGGAGGGAGCGGGAUGCUGCGUCAUUCUUUGA